GAAGCAAUCUCGGCGGCAUACCUUCCGCCCUACGCUUUCCGGCCGUCGCGCCGUAGCGAUCGGCGUACUUCUCCGGCUGGGCGCGCGAUUUUCGACCCUCCUCUUGGCAGCCCAGCCGGCUUUUCUCCAGUCCCACGACCCCAAGGGAUUUGGAGAAGCGACGGGGGUGCAUUGGUGGAAACCUGCAGCGGACACACGAUUCUCUGUCACUUUGAUUUGUGCCUCGCGCAGCAUCUGCCUCCGAGCAUCACGCUAGCCAAGCCUGGGCCUUCACAACCACGGUACCGAGAUGUGGUGUCCCCCAAAAGGUACCGCCCUCGGCCCGGACGGGCGAGUGGGCGACGCUGGACGGUCGGGUGGGCAUGAAGCCUCGUGGUCGUGCCCUCCAUCAUGACGCGGAUCCUCUCUCUGGUUGGGCCAGGAGAAUUUGUGGCCGCCCGAUGUGCAAGACGCUUGGCAGCACGUUAUGGAUGGCAGCACCCCCGCACUUUCAAGUACAGUCUGGUUAUCUCAUGGGAUAUAAAAGCAGAAGGCUCACUGCCAUAUAUGCCUCGCCCAUCUUUCUCCUCGCCACCCAAGGCUAAGAACCAGUCAGCAUCUCGUGCCCCGAAGAAGCUGAGCUAGCGGCGCAGGCACACGAACUGCAACCAACCCGGCAGACUGCAUCAGGAACGGAAACGCCAACCAUGCACGCACACGCUGCUCUCGCCGCCGCCCUGGGCCUUCUGGCCCCCACGGUCUCGGGCCAGCUUCACUCGCUGGCCCAGAGGGCGGGCUUGAAGUACUUCGGCACCGCCGUGGGCGAGGGCACGGUCGGCCGCGACCAGGCAUACAUGGACAUCGUCAACAACAAGGCCGAGAUCGGACAGCUCGUGCCGGAGAACGGGAUGAAGUGGGACGCGAUCCAGGGGACCAGGGGCCAGUUCAACUACGCGUCGGGCGACAUCUCGGCGAACCUGGCUGCCAAGAACGGCCAGAUCCUCCGCUGCCACACGCUGGUAUGGCACAGCCAGUUGCCCCGCUGGGUGGAGACGGGCUCCUGGACCCGGCAGUCUCUGCAGACCGUCAUCGAGACGCACAUCAACAACGUCAUGGGCCACUACAAGGGCAAGUGUUACGCAUGGGACGUUGUCAACGAGGCCGUCGACGACGAUGGAGCGUGGCGCACCAGUGUCUUUUACAGAGUUUUCGGAACCGACUUUCUCCCGCUGUCGUUCCGCAUCGCGAGAGCUGCUGAUCCGAGCGUCAAGCUCUACUACAACGACUACAACCUCGAGUACAACGGCGCAAAGACGAACCGCGUCGUCCAGGCCGUGCAGAUCAUCCAGGAGGCCGGCGCGCCCAUCGACGGUGUCGGCUUUCAGGGCCACCUGAUCGUCGGCUCGACCCCGAGCCGCGCCAACCUGGCCACAGUCCUGCGCCGCUUCACCUCGAUGAACGUCGAGGUCGCCUACACGGAGCUCGACAUCCGCCACUCGAGCCUGCCCGCGUCCACGUCGGCCCUCCAGCGCCAGGGCAACGACUACGCAGACGUCGUGGGCUCGUGCCUCGACGUGCAGGGCUGCGUUGGUAUCACCGUCUGGGGCUUCACGGACAAGUACUCAUGGGUUCCCAGCACCUUCCCCGGAACCGGCGACGCGCUGCUGUACAACUCCAACUUCAACCGCAAGCCCGCCUGGUCCUCGGUCUCGAGCCUGCUCGCCGCCGCGGCCACGGGCGGCCCCGGCCCCCAGCCCACCACCAGCGCCGGCCCGGGCCCGACCACGGCGCCACCCCAGCCGACGACGACGCCGCCCCCCACGGGCGGCACCCAGAACCGGUGGGACCAGUGCGGCGGCCAGGGCUGGACCGGCGGCACAGUGUGCGCCAGCCCGUGGACCUGCACCAAGGUCAACGACUGGUACUCGCAGUGCAUUUGAACGCCCUCUCGAGCCUGGCAGGCUUGGGGGAGUGUCGUUGCCUUUUUGCGGCCGAUAGUCACAUUCUAAGCCAUGGAUGCUGGGUGCUCAUGGGGGUAGUAGGCUUUACGGCCCAAAAGGGAUGGUCGACUUCGUGUACACCUUUCGUGCCGCCUCUCACAGGGGUGGCAAAUCACAUAUCACUAAAUACCAAUGCAUAUACCCCGUGCG